CAAAUUAGUCCAACAAAUCAAACGCAAGCUUUCUCAAAUUCAAACAAUAAACAAAUAUGGUUUCUUUUUCAUCACAAUUUACACCUCACACAUUUCAUUACUCACAAUAAGGCAAAACAAAAUCAAUGCCAACCUCUACACUCAGAUCAUUAAUUAAAAACAAAAUUAAAGCACAAUCAAUCAACUAUACAAUAUACAUCUCGGGUAAAAUCAUUUCAUACCCGGCCGGACCUACAUGAAAUAUACAGUUUUAUUAUUAUUAUAUAGGUACUCAGUAGCUAUUAGCCUGUGAUUAGUGAUAAUUAGCUGUUUCGUUUAGAGUUUAUUAGUGUAUUUGUAGGUAACACUUUUAAAAAAUGAUUUAAUAACACAAGGAAAAUAUUGUACCAAUCUUACUCCUAGCUUCGGCCGUGCCGGCGAAGUCUAGCCGCUACCGGAAACCUCAUUUACUCUCGGACCGGCAAUUACCGGCACAAUCUUUUCCCUCCACGCUUCUCUAAACAUUUCAGCAUCUCCGGCUGUCCAUUUACCCUCCACCACGACUAAACUUUCCGUCAACCGGUGAACCGCCACGGUAGCGGUGAAUUUCCCAUUUUGCCCUUCCAAAUCUAUUACACAUUCUCUCCUUUUCCUCAACCGAAUCUUCUCCGCCAGGGCGAAUCCGUCCAGUCGCUCCAUCACUUCCUCCAGCGACAACUCCGCCACAAUCCUCUCUGAGUGGGUGGCCGAGCUCGACGCGCCGUUGAAUAACCCGGAGAGAUUUAACCCGGAUGAGAAGGAAAUUAUAUCGAACGCGUUUAAGCAUGAUGAAUCGAUUUGACUCUGAUCUUCGUCCUUGUUGACGUCCAAGAAUUCGUCGUAAAACCUCAAUUUUCCUUUGGAUCCUUUCCGGAACCAGGGAUCCUCGGUGAUUUCAUCAAUGGUGAUCCUCGUUGCCGGAUUGGUGUCUAGAAGGCGAGAUAGUAACCGCUUCAGAUCCGUCGACAUCCAUUUCGGGUACCGGAAUUCGCCCUUGUAAAUCUUCUUGUACAUUACCAUGAGAUUCGGGUCGUUGAACGGUAAAUAGCCGGCGGUCAACACGUACAGAACGACCCCACACGACCAGACGUCGGCCUUUGCGCCGUCGUAACCUUUCUUGGUCAGAAUCUCCGGCGCCACGUACGCCGGCGUGCCGCAGAGCGUGUGUAACAACCCGUCCUGAUGGACUUGAUCGGCGACGGCGCUGAGGCCGAAAUCGGAGACCUUCAGGUCGCCGUUCUCGUCGAGGAGGAGAUUCUCCGGCUUGAGGUCACGGUGGAAAAUGCCGCGAGAGUGGCAGUAACCGACGGCGGAGAUGAGCUGGCGGAAAUACUUCCGGCCGAGAUCCUCGCUGAAUCGGCCCUUGGCGACCCUGGCGAAGAGCUCCCCGCCCUUGACGAACUCCAUGACGAAAUAGAUCUUGGUCUUGGUGGCGAGGACCUCGAAGAGCUUGACGAUGUGGGGGUUGUGGAGGCGGCGCAUGACGGAGAUCUCGCGCUUGAUGUUUCCGAUCAAGGCGGUGCUGGCGAUCUUCUUCUUGUUGAUCACUUUGAUCGCGACGCUCUGCCCGUUCCUGAUGUCCCGGGCAUGGUAGACUUUCGCGAAGGCACCGCAACCCAGGAGCUUCCCGACCUCGUAUUUCUCGAACAGGGCGUUGUCGUCUGAGGUGGGUGGCCAGCCGCGGUUCUGUUCCAUCUCCGGCAUCCGCGACGGCGAUGCCUGAGAUGAAGGGAAAACGGGUGGUUUUAUACGGCUGAUUGGUUGGGUGCUUUAAUUAUUGGGAGAUUAUGGUUUGAUUUUUGUUGUUGGUUUUGCAAACAACAUUGAUCCGGUCCGAAACCAGUCGAUUUUUGUGGGUUUCGGUGUUUUUGUAUAUUUUCCCAACGAAUAUUUGGUUCGUUUCAGACUGUUGCUUGUUUUUUCUUUGUUGCGGAGGAUUUGGGUCG